GAACCUAAGAAAGUUGAAGUACAUUAAGAAUUUCCAUCAGUUUGAUCUGCAAUUCAAGAAGCACUGCGAGGAGGGGAAGUUACCAAACUAUGUGGUGGUGGAGCAAAGGUUCUUUGAUGUGUUAUCAUUUCCUGCAAAUGAUGAUCACCCGUCCCACGACGUCUCUGAAGGCCAGAAGUUUAUAAAAGAAGUGUAUGAAGCAUUAAGAGCAAGUCCCCAAUGGAAUGAAAUGUUGUUUGUAAUAAUAUAUGACGAGCAUGGCGGUUUCUAUGAUCAUGUUCCAACACCUGUCACGGAUGUUCCUAGUCCAGAUGAUAUCGCUGGUCCUGAGCCAUACAACUUCAAAUUCGAUCGUCUUGGUGUUCGGGUUCCAGCCAUUUUAAUCUCUCCAUGGAUUGAACGUGGAACAGUGUUGCAUGGGCCUUCAGGGCCAUAUCCCUCAUCAGAAUUCGAGCACUCCUCAAUCCCAGCAACUGUGAAGAAGAUUUUCAACCUAAAAGAGUUUCUUACAAAGCGUGAUGCUUGGGCGGGAACCUUUGAGGGUGUCUUGAGUAGAUCAACCCCAAGAACUGACUGUCCAGUUACUUUGCCCGAACCUGUGAAACUACGAGAGACUACAUCCAAAGACGGGGCCAAAAUGAGUGAUUUUCAAGAAGAAAUAGUGCAAUUGGCAGCAGCCAUAAAUGGGGACCAUAGAAAGGAUAUUUAUCCCAACAAACUGGUGGAGAAGAUGUCUGUUUCCAAGGCUGUCAAUUAUGUGGAAGCAUCGUUUAAGAAAUUUUCAGAUGAAUGCGAGAAAGCCAGGGAAAGUGGAGCAGACGAAUCUGAGAUUGUGGUCUGUGCAACCUCACUUGAAUCGCCAUCUCCCAAGUCGUUUGCUAAAAAGAUGUUUUCUUGCUUGGUUUGUGAUCACUGAUGAUGACUCAAAUUUUCAUUUUCAUUUUUUGUUUUUUGAAUUGAUUCCUAAGAUUUGGUUUGUAAU